AUGGCUUCCUUAAGGUUUGAACGACUUACUCUGUUUCUGCUAGUGUUUAUAAUUGUGGCAAUGAAAAAUGCAGAUGGAUCCAAGAGACCAAAGCGGGAGUGGAUUGUCCCACCAAUCAAUAUAAAAGAAAACUACAACUAUGGAACCUCUGCCAUUUCAAAAAUUAGAUCUGAUAAAGAAGAUGAAGGCAAGCCAUUUUCAUACAACCUUAGAGGGCACGGUGCUGACAAGGAGCCGUUUAACAUUUUUAUUGUCAACCACAAAACUGGCUUUAUCACUAUCGCACAUCCUCUGGACAGAGAGGAAAUAUCACAGUACAACCUGACCGGGAUUGCGAAGUACAAUGAUGGAACUUUGGCCGAGCAAGAAAUUCAGAUAAAAAUAUUGGUUGAAGAUGAAAAUGACAAUCCCCCAAAGUUCAAAAAAUUCCAAGGGUCUGUGCCAGAAUGUAGACCAACAGGAACCCAAGUGAUGAAGAUAACUGCUGAUGAUGCAGACCAAAGUGGAACACUCAAUGCACAAAUUGCAUAUAGCAUAGUAAAGCAACUUCCAGAAGGUUCCAAACCCAUGUUUGGCAUUGACAAACACAGUGGAGUGAUAUAUGUUAAAGAGCGCUCACUGGAUAGAGAGACUCUCGAUCACUACACCUUAAUAGUACAAGGUGUGGAUCUGGCUGGUGCCCCAGAAGGCAAUACAGGAACUGGUACAGUAGAGAUUGCAGUGACGGACAUCAAUGACAAUGUUCCUACUCUUGAAAAAGAUGAGUAUAGCGCUUCUGUUGAUGAAGAUACAGCUGAUGUGGUUGUAAUGAGAAUCAAAGCUUUGGAUGUAGACUUGAAGAACACUGAUAAUUGGCUGGCUGUCUUUGACAUUAUCAGUGGUAAUGAAGACGAAAUGUUUACUAUAGAGACGGACCCUAAAACCAACGAAGGCAUUUUAAAGCUUGUCAAGCCUGUGGAUUUUGAAAAGGUGAAAACGCUGGACCUUGAUUUAUCCAUUUCAAAUGUAGCUCCUUUUAUAAAUGGAAGUGCUUUAUCACUGGGCAUUAAUCUAAGCAAUUCUGGAGCUUCAGGAUCCCCAGAUGGGACAGCAGUUGGAACUGGGGUGGGAACAGGUGUAGGAGUAGAUAUGAAUCCUGCGGUGGAUGUAAGUGUAUUUGCAGGUGCAGAUGCAGGUGCAGAUGCAGGUGCUGGUGCUGGUGCUGGUGCUGGUGCUGGUGCUGGUGCCGGUGCUGGUGCCGGUGCCGGAGGUAACCCUGGUGUCAGUCUUCAAUCAGGUGUUAAGCCUGGAACUAAACCAGGGACUAAACCUGGUAACAAAAAGCCACCUCCAGGUGGAAAGAGCUAUCCGAUAAAAAUAGCUGUGAACAACUUACCUGAAGGUCCAGUGUAUUCACCACCAGUGAAGGACUUUCCUGUGUCAGAGAACCCAGUGGAAGUUAAAGUUCCUGUGGUCAUUGGGUCCUUUCCUGCUUUGGAUGGUGACACUGGAGAGCUUGCUGAAAAUGUAAGGUAUGCCAAAGGAUUUGAUCCAGGCAACUGGCUGUCCAUUGAUGAGGAAACUUCAGAAAUUAAACUGACAAAGAUUCCAGAUCGAGAGUCUCCAUAUCUGGUCAAUGGAACUUACAUGGCAAAAAUAUUCUGCUUAACCAAGGAUGUGCCACCCAAGACAGCUACUGGAACGAUAGCCCUAAAGGUGCAAGAUGUAAAUGACAACUGUCCGGAACUGACCAGCACCUAUCAAAAUGUGUGUUCGGAUGUUACAGUGAUAAACGUGACUGCACUUGAUGUGGAUAUGCAUCCAUUUGGAGACCCUUAUACAUUUAAGCUUAUAGAGAAGAAGACUAGAGGAAAGUGGGAAAUGGUUCCUGUCAAUGGAACAUCUGUAAGCUUCCAUGCCAUGGAGCCUCUGUGGCCAGGGGUGUAUGAGCUAACAAUGGAGAUUUUUGAUGCGGACGGUUUGGGCUGUACGGACAGUCAGAAACUUAAAGUGGAGGUGUGCACCUGUCAGGAUGGUAGCACUUGUGCUGUCAGAGCAGCCAAACUACAAAAAUCUUUAGCUAGAUUUGGGGUUUCAGCAAUUGGGGCAAUAAUAGGAGCCCUGCUUCUGUUCAUAUUGAUUCCUCUCAUUCUGCUGUCCUGUAAGUUUGGAGUGGAGUUUAAAGAUAUUCCUUUGGAGGGAAGACAAUAUAAUAUGACAUAUAAUGAUGAAGGCAAUGGAGAAGACAAGGAGUUACCGUUGUUUGCUGCUCCAGACUAUCAGAAAAAUGAGGGAGUUGGUAACGGUGCCAGCACAGGACAAACAAUGGUUGUUUCAAAUGUCUACGGAGCUGCACCACAAGCACAAGAACUGUAUACACAGACUAGAGAGUCUGACAUAUCUGGAUACCAAGGAGACUGGAGAAUGAUUGCUUAUCAGCCUUUACUCUCUAGUGGUGGAAAGGCUGCUUAUUCCACAGCAUUUGGAGAAAAGAGAACUGAUGUAGAUGAUGGAAUAGCUCUAGCAGAAUCGUAUCUUCAUGACUACUACUCUCAGAAAGCUCACUGUGCGGCUGAAAAUUCUCCUUCAAGUGAUGCUUUGAAGAUUUACAGCGAUGAAGGUCAUUGCUCUCUUGCUGGCUCUUUAGAAUGUCUUGUGGAGUUUUAUAAUGACCAUGAUAAUGACCUGCAGUUCCUCGACAACUUGGGUCUAAAAUUCAAUGCUCUGGCAAAGAUUUGUUCCCCUCCAAAGCCCAUUCCACAACCACGCAAAUUUGAACAAACUGAACAAAUUGUCAAAUCAAUGGAAACCGAAAUUGAAAGUGAGAGCUUGGAAAGCACUAGUAGAGUCCAGGAUGUUACAUCUAUUCAGGCUGUAUCAAAUGAAAGCCAUGUUAGUAAUGUUAGUAAUGUUAGUAGUGUUAGUAAUGUUAGUAAUGUUACCGAGACUGUCAACAGUCUUCAUGCUAGUCAGACAGUACUUGUUCAGCAGCAGCCUAUGUAUUAUCUAGUAGAACAUCAGGUACCAAGCACUGUGAUUCUUGCUGAGAAACCUGCACAGGCUAUGUACUUAAUAAAUGACGCAACAGCAACUGAGGGACUAGUUCUCCAAGGCAGUAAUCUGGCACAGAACACGGUAGAACAACAGGAAAUGUAUCUUAUAGGCAAUGGGUCUAUGGUACAGGGAAAUAUAAUGUUAGGUGGUUGUGUCAAUCUUGCCAACUCAGGGAUCGUAACUAUCUCAUCUACAAUGGUUCAAGACGAGAAAGGCAAACAACAACCCAAUGGUUCUCUACCCCAAAACCUGCAACAAGUGCAAUCAAAACAGUAA